GUUAUCGGGGCGGAUACGGGGCGGGGAUCUCUGAAUCCGUCCCCAGCCCGUCACCGCAAUCCACGGGCCGCGGGUAUGCCCGACACCGGCAGCCAGCCCGUUUUUGCGGGUUUAAGCCCAACACUGGCGGGCGGGCCCUAGCGGAUGCCCAUGGCCCGCGGGCCCAUUGCCAUCCCUACAAGUUAUCCAUAUAUAAAACACCAUUCUUAAAAAUUCAAGCAAAUCACAAAUUAACCAUACAAAUUGUUCAACACCAAUCUAGAAAACUCAAGAAAAUUGAAACAAAUCACAAAUUAUUCAUAAACAACAUGAUUAAUUGAAAACUUAUUCCUCCUUGUCAAUUAAGCUUCUUCAAUCUCCACUCUAUAUUAUCAACUUCAUUUUACACAUUUGAAAGAAAAAAAUUAGACAUGUCUCCACAAACAUAAAGAAGAUUAGUUGUUUAGAAUAUUAAAUAUAUCUGUAAAAUUAAUUAUAUGGGUGUGGGCAGGUACCCAUGGGACGGGUUUACGUAAACCAAACCCAACCUAAAUCGGUGAAUAUUGAACUGGUUUAAACCCAAACUCGGUCCAAAACGUGUCAACACGAGUUUUACGCGUUGACCGGGUUGGGUCGGAUAGGGUACCCGUGAGUUCGGGUUUUGUUGCCAUCCCUAUUUGCCACCUCUACCGACGGCGCUGCAAUUUGUACAUUGAUGGGAGGCGGGCCAAAAAUUAGGGGCAGAUGUUUCGUCGACAUCGGAUGCUCUUGGAGCUGGUUUAUGUUUGCCAUGGAUUGAGUUUGAACCGGCUCUCUCAAGGGUUUUCUGGGGACCACUACAUGCAGCGAGUAUCUCAUCGCUCCAGCCAAAAAUGGGUGCGGCUUCCGUUGCCAUUUUUUGGGGUGCGGGAAUUUCAGACCGAGCGCUUCAGUUUCCAUUCUUGCUACUCCUCUAUCCUCCGUUACUUCAUCUCCCGCCGGCUGCACACGAGACGGAGCGGGAAAGUCAGAAGCCCAAUUGGCGGCCAGAACUCUUGUGUAGAUCUGUGGACUUUAAUUGAGGGUUUAGGACAAUGUCUUCUUUGGUUAGGGUAUACAAUUGAAAUAAAAUGGAGGGGUAAAUAUGUCAAUUUGUUACGUUUUAGGACAAUAAUAUUUGAAUUUUAAGGCGACGAAUAGCAAUUCAGUAUAAUACGUAUAAGCUAUAACCCAAAAAAUUAUUGGUCGGCUGGUUUGCGUUCUAUAAGCCCACUCAUCACAAACGGUGCGCAGGCCCAGUAAUGCUUUUUCCUCUUCUCCAGUUGUUUGGUUCGGCUGAGCAGGAAGAAACGUACGCACACAGGCAAAGGCGGAAGGAAGGCUUCCUAAAACCUAGCAGGCAGCGGCAGGCUAAGUUUACGUUCCAUCCAGCAGCUGCCUUCGUCUCGUGUAGUGCUAAUUUCAAACCGCGAAACCGGGCCGAAACAUAUUGAAGAGAAUGAAGAAUCGGAGAGACCAAACUCGCCGCAGUGGCGGUGAUAAAGAUGCCGGUGCCGACGCUGACGCCGAUUCAGAGUCCCAUGUACUGAGCUUCAAGCAGAUUAUGAAAGAUGUCACCCUUUUCGGUGCAUUUACAUGGAAAGAAAGGAAGCAAAUGGAGAACCAGAAGGCAGUUGAACUUGGUGGGAAGCCUGCAAAGAAGCAAAGGCUUCCUUUAAGCGUGGCUCGAGUACAAAUGAAGAAUCAGAAAGAAAGAGAACAAAAAUUGCUCCAAGAGGAGAUGGCUCUCGGCAGGUUCAGUGGUAAGCGUGGUGGUGGUGCUCGUACUUUUGGAGGGAAGCGAAAACAAGAGAGCAGGGUACUUAGAUCCACAGAAGGGUUUUUCAAGAACGGUGUGUUGGAUGUGAAGCAUUUGGUGAAGUCAGGCGGUCUAUCUGAAAGCCGCAUCCCGGACUCUUCUAUGAUGGAUAGAGAGAGGAAACAAAAGAAUGGAGGUGGUGGAGGAAAGAAGAAGCACGGGAAGAAGAAGGGUAAGGGUAGAAAGAAACACUGACACAGCUAGCUAGUGUGGCACAAGCACAGUUUUGAGAACCAAUAUUGAGGAUCUCUGUCUCAUAAACACUUUCACUAAUUUGAAUAAUGCCUUCGUAGAAAUAUCUUGGAGAGUUGGGACUAGUAAUGAAACCUGCUUUCAUCUAUUAAUUCUAGUUGUUUGCUAGUAACGAAACCUCGGUUGUAACCUGUCUUCCAUUACCUUCUAGUAAGUUAGUGUGGAAUGAAGCUCGAUAUUAAUUUGCAGUAGCCAAUAUGGCAGUAGAAUCUUGGUGCUUAGCCGGCCAUACCAGAAUAUGAAACCAAGUGUAUGAAUCAGAUUCAGGAGUGGGAGGAUCUUUUCACAUUCUAAAUUUCUAAUUACAAAUAGACUCAGCCCAGUUCUAAUGUUGCAAACUGUAAUUUUAGCCAAGUAUGGGAACAGUUUCGAGGUGCCAUCUUUGGAGGCUUAUUAGAACUGUUUGAGGGACAUUCGAAGGCAGCUAUCAGUUGGAAUUGAAAGUCCAUGUCUUGCUGAAGAGUGUGAAGGAAUUGGUUGAGCUCGACUCAAUUUGGAGGACUUCGAACAAAGAGCCUGAAGUUGGUAUGGAAGUAGUUCUUGUUACAUGCACAGGAAGCUAGCUACUUAGGUAGCAAGCAACUGAGUUGGAAGCUAAGUUUGGGAAGGGGUUUUUAUAGUAAGUUUAGUGUUGUUUUCCUUAUUAGUAUUGUAGAUGUUUUUCCUACAAGGGUUUUUGAGUUAGUUUUGUGUCCUUUCAUGAUGAAUGGACGGCCGACUGGUUACUUUCAAGAAUUUCGAGGCCCGAGACAAGGAGAUCUACUAUCACCCCUUAUGUUUGCUCUAUCCACAGAGGGCUUUGCUUUUAUAAUUCACUAAUCUUUGGAAAGCCACUCCCUUACAUGGUUGUGCAUAAGCCUCCGAUGUUCGGUGAUUUCACAUAUGUUUUUUUGCGAAUGACUCGUAGCUCUUCCUUCAUGCUUCUCCUAAGGAAUGUGAAGCUCUCGGGGAAUUUUUAGGACUUUACGAGAUGUGCAGUGGACAAAAUGUCAACUUGAAUAAGUCAGCAAUGUGCUUUAGCAAGAAUGUAAUCUCAGUUGAGGGCAUUGAGAUGCCUUGUAUUUUGGGGUUAGGUGCGAUCGGAGUCACUGAUCCAUAUUUGGAGUUCCUUCCUUGGUGGGGAGAUCAAAUUUGGAAACAUUUAGGUAUAUUGAGGAGCGGUUACUAAGUAAACUUAAGGGCGGGAAGCAACAACGUCUGUCUUUGACGGGUAAGGAGGUACUCAUCAAAUCAGAAGUUAAUGCUUUGCCGGUGUAUAUUAUCAUUAUGUCUUGCUUUCUAGUGUCACUAUUGCUAUGCCGAACAAUGAAAAGACAUUUGUCAAAGUUUUGGUGCGGUGUGUAGCACGGGAAAGGAGAAUACACUGGGUUGCAUGAAAAGCUCUUUGUAUGAGUAAGCAGAAGGGGGGAAUGAGGUUCCGUCAUUUUUAAGAAUUCAACCAGACCCUUCUGGCAAAAGUUUCCUGGCGCAUUUGGAAGGAACCCGAGUCUUUGGUGGCUCGACUUUUGAAAGGAAAAUAUUUCCCUAACUAAUCAUUGUUAUAGGAAAAUUCUGACUCAUUGUUCCUUGGGGUUGGCAUGGUAUCUCGCAUGGUCGAGAUUUACUAGCGAUAGGGUUUGUGUUGGCAUGUGGGCUCUGGUGCGAUGGUGGAUGUACUUAGAGAUAACUGGGUCCAGGCUUCGCAUCCUCAUCCUCCCCAUGCUUGUCUAGGUAUUGUGGGGGUGCAAGGGUCGGUUGCCACUUUGAUUCGGCCACUGCAAGGAUGUUGGCGUCUGGACAGUCUCUACCAAAGUUUUGAGGAAAAUACAGUGUGGUUGAUUGCUGCCAUUCCCCUGCCAAUUAGCCCAGUUCAUAAUCAGAUCAUCCGGGUUGGUGAGACUACAGGAGCUUAAUUGAUAAAAUUUGGUAUCAUCU